CUUUUCGUGCGGAGUUCGUUUGAUUAGUUGAAAACGGUUUGCUAAACGUUACACACUCUGUCAUAUUUUCAUUCAUUCAUUUCGUUUCUGUAAAUAGAAUCGUUUUGUUGUUGUUGUUUGUUUGUUGUUUGGGUGUAGGUAUAGCAAUAUAAAAUCCGAAUGUGAACAGAGACAAAAAAAAAUUUGAUAAUCCAGAACCAAUAAUUCAAUUUUAGUAAUUUUUGUUUAAUUUUUCGGAAUAAUUUCGUGUUGUGAACAAUGAAAUACUUUUUCUUAAAUUACAUAUGCCUUUGAUAAGUAUUGUGCCACUACAAACGCCAACUUUCCAUUCUGCUUCGAUUGGUUCUUUUGGUUAACACUUAAAGAGUGCGAGGGUGUGCUACGAUAUUAAGUGCUCCGUUUUAAUGAAAAUAUAAAAUUAAAUUUGACUAUUUCAAGCCUUCAAUCGAUUAAAUUGUGUGAUGUGCUAAAUUUGAAAAAAUUUAAUAAUAGAAAAUUGCCGCCCAUAUAGCUUCAAUUGAAAGAAACAAUAUUGUAGUCUUCAGCGCAUAUUAUAAUAAAGCCUAAGAGAGUGCAUACCUUUGAACGAACAGCGCAUACGGAUAAAAAGUAAACUAUAAACUUACUCAACAUUUUAUACUCACAUACAUCGUAUGGUCGAUGUCAACGUUUAUACGUUUUUCGUUUAUAUAUCCAAACUUUCUGAACGUCUGCGAAUAAACAUACAAAAAUCUUUCCUCAUCGUAUUGUUGUUUACGUUGAAAAAUAAACGAGGAAGUUUCGAAAUAAAAAUUCGACUAAGUGAAAUUUUGUGGUUCGUGUAGUGUUUGACACAAUUUAAAUUAAAUUAACAACGGUCCAACACGUUCAAUUUUUUCUUUUAAUUGUUAAAUGGUCAAUUGAAUGACAUACCGUAAAUUUGCAUUUUCAUAAUCAUUGAGCCGACAAAAUUCACAUUACAACGGAAUAAGCGAGGAAGACCGGAUUAGUGAUAAUCAGCAAUUAUGAUGGAUAGUGCUAGAUUACCGGAAUGUUAUCCGCAGAAUUAAGGAUUCCAUUUGAACCAUCGCUAGAAUCGCCGUUACGUCGGACUCGAUUCAAAUGAACGCACGAGAUUUAUGAAAUCCGAAAACUUGUUCGAAUCUAUCGAAAUUUUUCAUUCCAAAAUUUUCUCUGAAAAUGAAGCAAAUGCGAUACAGUAAGAUGUCCACCAUUUUAGGUGUUUGUUUUUGUUUGGCUACUGUGAUAGUAAGGGUUAGCUCGUGGACGCCGGACGUUGUUCCAAAGUUGUACAUAAAAUAUGAUCAAGAUAAACUUCCAAUGUUCUACGGGAACUUAACUGACUACUUUAAGAUAUUAGAUCAAGAUGACUCAACAUUAUUGAUCGGCGCAAGGAACUACGUGUACAACGUUAGUUUAUCGAAUUUAUUGGAGAAUCAAAGCGAACGCAUUGAAUGGCACUCAUCCGAUGCUCAUCGAGAACUGUGCGCGCUUAAAGGGAAGCAAGACAUGGAUUGCCAGAACUAUAUUCGAGUGUACGCACGAUUGCCGGACAAUCGAAUCACGAUUUGCGGUACCAAUUCGUAUAAGCCACUUUGUCGUAUAUAUGCAAAGCAUACAGACGAAGCAAGUGGAAGAAUGACAACGGAAAUGGUGACCGAAUUAGAAGCACAAGGAAGAUGUCCGUACAAUCCGACACACAACAGCACCUAUGUUUACACAGAUGGUCAACUAUAUUCGGCGACAGUUGCUGAUUUCUCCGGUGCUGAUCCGUUGAUCUAUCGUGAAACGCAACGCACAGAACAAUACGAUCUGAAGCAACUCAAUCAGCCGGCAUUUGUGUCAGCUUUGGAGCACAACGGCUAUGUUUUCUUCUUUUUCCGAGAAAUUGCAAUGGAGUACAUGAAUUGUGGAAAAACGGUUUACUCAAGAGUGGCACGAGUAUGCAAGAACGAUAAGGGAGGACCUUAUAAAUUUAUUGACCGUUGGACAUCGUUCCUGAAAACCCGAUUGAAUUGCUCCGUGUCUGGGGAAUAUCCUUUCUAUUUCGACGAAAUACAAGCUACAAGUAAAAUCAUCGAGGGCAUUUACAACAAUGGCGACAAGCGUCAAUCCAUAAUCUAUGCAGUCUUUACAACACCGACAAAUGCAAUUCCCGGUUCAGCAAUAUGUGCAUUUAAAGUGGACGAUAUAAUGGAAGCAUUUGAAGGACGUUUCAAAGCACAGAAAGACUCUACAUCCAAUUGGCUACCAGUUCCACCCGAAUCCGUUCCAGAACCAAGACCUGGAAAAUGUGUGGAUGACAGUCGAACUUUGCCAUCAAAUUCUGUGAAUUUCAUAAAAACUCACACACUUAUGGAUCAAGCGGCUGGUGCAAUGUUUGGUGGACCGUUGCUGACUCGGGUCAACCUUAAGCACCGUUUCACCGCCAUAACAGUGGAUCCACAAAUUUUAUCCAUGAACGGUAAUACCUAUGACGUCAUCUUCGUGGGUACAGACGAUGGACGAGUUAUCAAAUUCGUCAACAUCAUAUCGGCGAAUGACACAGAACAAGCCGAACCAGUUGUUGUUACUGAAACCCAGGCUCUACCGCAUGGAAUGCCAAUCAAAGAAUUGUCCGUCUCGGCAAAUACUCAAACACUGAUUGUUGUUGGCACCGGACAUAUUGUUUCCAUACCAUUGCACCAUUGCUCGAAGAUUGUGCGUUGCAGAGAUUGCUUCAAUUUACAAGACCCGUACUGUGUGUGGGACAUUAACAAUCAUGAAUGCACGUCGCUGCUGACAAAUCCCAACGUUCACUCCAACCCUGACGGAUUCAUUCAAAAUAUGAGUGGAACGGAUGGCAUUGAUUUGUGUAAGAAGUACGGUGACUCUGCCGGUAAUUGGAUUGAUCCACCGCCACCAAUUGUUAUUCAAUCGACACGAGGCACUGUGUCAAGUGUAGGGCGAAUGCCGCCUCACGUUUCAUAUGACAAUGAGAUAACAGUCACUUCCAUUGACGGCGUUGAAUUGACGAAUCAAAUAAACAGUAUUCACAAGACUCACAUUGAUCCGUUGGUCAAGGAGCGCAUUGGAGGUGCUGGUGGUGCUGAAGCAGCCGAACAGCGUGUGCAUUUGGGUAGUCCGUCGAUAAUAACGUUAAUGUGCAUUUUGUUCGUCUUUGGACUUUUCAUCGGUUUCUGUGUGGCGAAAAUGAAAUGGUUGAUGUCGUUGUGCUACCGAGAACAUCAUAACACAAUCAAUGCAUACGAGAAACGACACAUGCAACCGCUUAACAGUGCCAAGAAGACAAAUUUACUCAUCUCAACGGCGACGCUACCAUCGAAUGCGUCGUGCAAUAUCAAAAAGGAUAAUUUAGAGCAAGAGUUUGCCAAAGAUCGAAGUCAUGAGUGCAAAAAUUCGACGGAAAAUCUAGAAAAAGAAGUGAAUUGCAAAACCGGAACACUGCAAAAAGUGAAAAAGACUUACAUUUGAUUGGUGAAUGAAUACGACGACGACGAGUGAAAUUGUGAUUUUUUAGGAAUGAAUUUAGCUUGAACGUGUUGAACUUUUAGUCUGGUCAAUUUUUUAACGCCUUUUUUUAAACAUUUUUUUUUAUUUUUUGCAUUUUUUUACGACACAUAAGCAUAGUCAGUGAAGAUAAUAGUAUUCAGCUACUAGGUGCUUGGUGAAGAUGUAAAAACAAAAGGUUUUUUAUGGAAGAUAUAGUGAGAAGGACAUAUGCUUGAACGAAUUAAAACUGACCACCGUAUUGCACUUCGAUCUUUAAAGUAACAAAAUGGAGAUGUGUGUAGGCUCUUCCGAUCAUUUUAUUUAUAUUUUGUACGAAUGCAUUGGAUUUUGUAAAAAUAAAGUUUAAUUAGGAUUUUAUGGAAGUUUUGAUCUUCUUGUUCAUCUUUUUGUAACAAAUUAUUGAGGAAAAAUCAACAAGAAAAAAAACGGUUUUUUUAAGAAAUUCGUUUUCUAUUAAAAUCUAAACAAAUCAAAACAAUUGAAGAGUUAAAAAAUUAAUGUAAAAUUCAUGUGAUAUUCUAAACAGUUUUUCAAAUUAUUUUAUUUUUUAGCUUAGCAAUUAAAUUAAGGAAAAACAUUUUUAGUAAAUAAUUUAGUAAUACAAUCUCAACUGACUGAAGUUUGGUUUAAACAUUAGAUUUGAAAAUGUGUGCUACGGAAUCAAUGACCAGAACGACCAUUAGGAAAUAUUUUUUAUUGUCAAGCCAUUUAAAGCAAAAUACUCUGUUUACCAGACCUCAGGCACGAUCGUUGAAUGAACGAAAAAACAGAAAUUUUGAGCUGUGGUCUAAAUAUAAUAGAUCUUUCUGAUGCAAUCUACAAACCAUCUUCAAUUUUAUAUAACAAAAAAAAUGUGAACAUCAUAUGGAUACACCAUAUGUCGAUAAUACCGACCCAAUGCCACACAGGUGAUUUCACAAUGUUAUCAUAGUGCUCUGAGAAUUUUAUUUUCCUGUCUUUAUAUUUGUUUUAUCUAUGUACACAAUAUGGUGUGGUUGAGUGCUCGCACCUUUUUAUUAGUAAACAAUAACGAUGAAGAAUUUAUUUUUUCAAGCUCGAGUUAUCUGUGAAUUGAAUAUCUUAUCUGAGAGAAAAUGAAUGUUCAACAUCUUUUCGUGUUAAAUUGAUAAUAUUAUCUUAUCAUUCUAGUAUCCUGCAAUUAAUGCAGUAAAUUGAUAUAAUGAAAAUUGCACAUCGAUGAUGACCACUUUGAUUUAAACCUAGUUCCAUCUUCUUUCCGGAACCACUAAUCAUCUUUCAUUGUCAGAAAUGACCGAAAUUACCGAUGACCUACGGUUAAUGUGAAAUUAUAAAAUGAAUAAUAAGUCGAAUGAAGUAGAACAUUUUGUAUCUUAAGCAAAAGAAGUGACAUAUUUAAUGACUAUAGGAAAUUAACCUUUCAUUUCUAAAAGGAUAAAUAUAGGCUGGGUGCAUGACAGGUAAUGAGAAAUUCAGCAAUUAUUCAUUUGAUCAGAAACCCUGGGUAUUUGUCGAGGGCAACAUCACCAAAGAACGAAACUCCCAUAUCUCUGAAACUACUCAAUUGAUUUAAAAAAAAUAAUAUUUUUUCUGAAUGCCCCAUACCGACCAAUAACUCGAAGGGUGCAGUGACACAAAAAAUGGUUUCUCAAUUUACAAACCAGAUUCUCUAAAAUGUUUUAAAACAUUAUCUGAGUCCAAAAAUCAGAAGAGGUUUACUGUGAUAUUUUUGAAAAAUAGCUCGUUAUGGAACAUUGUCCUACUUCGCGAUUUUUUGUGUGUGAGUGGCUGCGACUAAAAAAUUAUUUUUAAUUGAAUAGUAAUCUACAAAUACAAUUGCUUAUUUGGGAUGUCCUUGCAGUUGGUUUAAUUUUUUUCGGAUUUUAUACAAAAUCUUCCGAGCCGUUGGUCGGAUAGACUUGACAUGGUACUCAAAAAAUCGGAAUUAAUUCUAGCUUACAGGGGAAAAAAAGUUUAUGAACAUCAGUUGAGUAGUUACAGAGAUAUGGGAGCUACGUCCUUUAGUGAUGUUGCCCUCCUUAUAUAUUAGAUUCUACAUGACAAAUGUUUCAUCGUCAAAUGAAAAAUAAUUGGCUAUCUGAACAUAUUAUUGUGACCCAACAUAGGUCGAAGAAAUUUCUUUGGAAUCAAAAGUUCUGGUCAAUUCCGCCGGUCCGUACACAAUCUUUGUUUAAACCCAACAUCACCAAUAUAUAAGAAUUAUAAUGAGAUAUAAUAUGAGAUAUAGCAUUUAUAUUACUGUAAUAAACUAGGAUAUUAAAGUGCCUGAGACCCUUCGAUUUUACAAUCGUAAAAUGAAACACACCACUAAACGUAACACUGCAUGAUUAUGAUAUGAACAAUAUUUUGAUUCCAAUUAAUGAUGAUUUCGAACAUACAGUUUGGUGCAAUGAUUUUAGUGGUAAAAUUUGCGUUCUGUUGAUUUUUGAUUUAAAAGAAAUGAAUGGGAGAGAUUGUGAUUAUCACUUAUUAGUAUAGGUUGACUUAAUAUGGUAUAAUAUGGUAUAAUCUAUAACGUAAAUUAUAUUUUGGAAUUAUGUUAUCGAACGAUAUCAUCGAUUGUGUUGAGAGAGAAUCGAUUUGCUUGUUAGAACCAUUCGUAGGCGAACCGUUGGUCAAUCACGUUUAUGAAUUAAAAGUCGUUCAUUAUGGUUUCUUCUACGUUUCUACAUGGGGGCUCGUCCGGGAAACCGGUAUCAAUUGUAUGAGUGAUACAUCCUUCGUCGACUUAUAAAGUGAAAAUUGCAAUCUCUUCAAUAUCAGAAAAAUACUCACAAAAUUUAAAAAUAAAAAAUUCCGUUUAAACUAUGAUACGAUCACCAGGUGCUUUAUCAAUUUUACUCACGCCUUUAUAAUAAUCCAUAAUUGUAUUGCCUACUUUAUUAGCAUAAAUGUCAUGCCUUUUACAUAUACAAUAUACUGCAUCAACAAACAAGUAACGCAUAGCAAAUGAACAAAACAAGAGUGAUUCCACCGAUCCAAGAAAAAUGAAAUACAAAAAAAUGAAAUCAAAUAAAUAAUUAAUAAGAAAUUCUAUGUGAAAAGCGAAAGGAUAUAUAAAUUUUACUAAGUGGAAGAAAAUAUUUUGUUAUAAAAAUAUUAG